AUUGAAUAGCAUAUAGGCAGACUGCAUGCGUGUACAUAAGGUGGGUCAAACCCUGUUGUGGGAGGAAUCACAGAGCAGAUGAGCAGCAUGAAACAGACCCUGAACGACCGAAGAAAAUGUUUCACAUGUUUGUUUUGCUCUGCUUGUGCUGGUGGCAUCCGAUUGGUGUGUUCGGUGAGUCGAUGUCAGUGACGGAGGGAGAUUCUGUCACUUUAUACACCGAUUUCACUGAGAUACAUGAAGACGAUGACGUACUGUGGAAAUUUGGAGCUGAAGACUCACUCAUAGCUGAAAUCAGCAGAGAGGACCGAAUCUUCUCCACAUUUAAUGUUCCUGACGGGAGAUUCAGAGACAGACUGAAGCUGGACAAUCAAACUGGAUCUCUGACCAUCAUGAACAUCUCGACUCAACACGCUGGAGUUUAUGAAUUACAGCUAAGUGGAGAUACGUCGUCAUCAAAAACAUUUAGUGUUUCUGUCUAUGCUUCUUUGCCCACUCCUAACAUUAGAAGAGAUGUUUUACAAAAUCUUUCAUCAUCAUCUUCAUCACAGCAGAAUUGUUCAUUGUUGUGUUCGGCGGUGAACGUGGGUCAUGUGACUCUCUCCUGGUACAAAGGAAACAGUUUAUUGUCCAGCAUCAGUGUGUCUGAUCUCAACAUCAGUCUCUCUCUACCUCUGGAGGUGGAAUAUCAGGAUAAAAACACCUACAGCUGUGUGAUCAACAACCCCAUCAGAAACCAGACCACACAUCUGGACUUCAGCACACUUUGUCCAGGUGUGUCAGCAGUGAAAUUGAUUUACUUAGCUGGUCUCAAAAAUAAACUUGUUCAUCUCAGUCUUUGUCAUCAGACUGUCAGAAUCAUUUUCUCGAUUACAGAUCAAGGCGUACCCUUAUUGUACAUGAUCUCUGCUGCUGGAUCUCUGUUGAUUGUGGCUGCGGUCGUGACGUGCUGCAUCUGCAAGAAAUGUAGAAAAAAAGGUCAGAAACUCAUUAACCUCCUUUGA